UUACCUCAUUCUUCGCAAACCACUAUGGCCGCCAUAGUUUACUAUUAGCAGGACCCCACAGUGAAUAUUAUAUUUUCCAAAAUUAAUCUCAACGCGUUUUAAAAGAAUAAAAAUACUGUUGGCUCACGGUGAUAUCGAUCCUUCUGGUGAUUUUAUCGAUGGUGGCUUAAAUGAAAAGCUCCAGAAUGCAGAACUUUGAUGACCUCGAUAUUGAGGGACGAAAUGCAUCGCAUUUGUCUGAGGAAGAGCGAGAAAAGGUACAUGAAUAUUUAAUUGAAGAUUAUUAUCACCUUCAACAAUGAAGAUCUGUUUGCUGGAGAGUCACAUAAGAAGACAGUGAUCGUAAGCGUUUGAUGCGAUGCAGUGUAACCGCCGAAGAUGGCACACUGCGUCCCGUGUACUCACACACCGAGGACUCCGACAUAUGGUGCCACAUCUGCAACAUAGCCCUCUUCGGUGCCCACAAACUUCACUCCCACAACACCUCGAGUCGUCACAAGAUAAAGCUCGAUGAGUGGCCUUAUCCAGUGUCCCUCUGGUCGAAGAAGGAUCACCUCAAGUCGUCGGGAUCAGGUCAAGUAUCGAUUUCAGACUCCUUGGCACCUGGUGAACCAGUACCACCAGGCAUGGAGGACCAGAUAACACGUGCAACCAAUAUUCAAACCUCCCUUGAUCGUCAUCAGAGCUCACCAUUGGUUGGACUCGAAUAUUUGUUAGAAUUGGUUGAUAAUGAAUCUUGCGAGCCGAGCUACACUUGCGUUUUGUGUGAUAAACGUGGAGAUCCGAGAACAGUUAUGGCCCACAUUACGAGUUAUAAUCAUCGUAUUACUUAUUUGAAUCGACAUUUUCCGACAAUAUCGAGGGCUAUCACGGAAUUACCGAGGACACAGAAUUAUAAACGUGGUGCUAAUGAAAUAUCUGUACUUGUUGCAAAGAAAAUUGAAGAGAAAUUCGGUAGAUUACAGCCGCAGUUGGUGGAUAAGGGACAGUUUGAGAAGAAUAAAAUGCAGUAUAUCAAGAAUGUAUAUCAGGACUUUCAUUUUAGGGAAACACCGGAGGUAACGUUUAUGGAAGUUUACGAUGUGAGAUGGGUGACAAACUUUGAUGAGAAAUUGGCAGAAAUUAGCGGUGAUAAAAAAGAUGUUACGACGGAGGAGAAGAGUGAGGGUAAAUCGAAGAAGGAAGAGAGUAAUUUGGAUAAGGCAUUCCCGAAGAAGAUUGAACCAGACAUUAGUAAAUCGGAAUUCAAAAUUCGAAUCCUUUCGAAAGAAAAGUUGAACCGCAAACCUGAGGAAAUAAAGAAGGUUCGCCCCUCAGACGACACAAAAUCCCUCUCCUCCCUAUCCUCCAUUUCCUCCUCGCCAUCCCCCUCGCGUUCACGUUCACGUUCGCGGUCUCCACGUUCCAUUAGUCGUGAUCGUCCUCGCUACCGUUCCUCCAAAUCCCGUCGUUCGCGUUCACGAUCCCCGGCGCCGCUGCGCGAGCGCGAUAAGUGGGACAAAUUUCGGGAGCAAAUUCGUCGAGCCGAGGAGACGCUGGAUCGAGCAUUAAAAUUCCACGAGAAAAAUCCGGAGAAACACCCGUCGUAUCCCGACGAGUGGAAGAAAUUCUGGAAUCGUCGUUACAAGGAGCUCCAGGCAGACGGCAAAGAUCCGAGCAAACACGAUUUCAAGCCCGAGUGGAUCGACUUCUGGAAUAAACGAAUGCGUGAGAUUCACAAUGAACAGCUCUCAGCCCGGAAGGAGGAGAUUCGCAAACGUCUGGAACUCCCGGAGGACAAGCCCCCGGAAUCCAAGUGGCAGACGCCCCCAAAGCGCGAAAAAGACAUUCGUCUGACCCCACCAAAGCGGCUGCGUCAUCACGUAGACAGUGAUGACGAUGUGGAGUACGUGGGGACUUUGAAAACAGCAAAAAUCGAGAGACCAGAUCCGUACGAACGUCAUCGGGAGGAGCGGGACUAUGCGUACAGCUACAUUCGCGCAAAGCCAACGUAUCGACCUUAUUAUCCCCCGCCGCGACCGAUACCGCGUCCCACACGUCAUUACUCGUACAUCGUGAAGGAGAAGUCGCCGUCCCCACCGCCAAAGGAGGACUCCUUGAAGGAGGAUCUGGAGGUGGUGGGUCUCCUUCGUCUGCUGACUGCCCUGGAGGGUCAGCUGGGGUCUCUAGGACCCAAGGUCGUUUCCCUUCUGUCGAGGGCGCUCGCCGCGGAGAAGGCCAAGCCCAACUCUGCGGAGGAGCUGCUCCAGGACGAGGACGUAGCCGUUCUUUUUGAAACGGUGAAGGAGAAACUUAAGGGCCAAUUGUUUGCGGGAAUGAUUGAGAAAAUGGCAAUUGCCCCGACCAAGUCCGCCAUUACAAAUAUUGCCCAGUUAUUGCACAAAGCCACCGAGGAAAAGAAGAAGAGAGCGGAGGAGGAGGAGAGGAGGAAGAAGGAGGCCUUGGAGAUUAGACAGCAGAUAUCGGCGUCAUUUGCUAGUAGAUCGGUGUUCGCAAGGACGAUUGAUGUACCUUUAGUGAAGUCCGAGCCUGUGAGGGUGCCGGGAGUGGGGGCGGUGGAUAAAGUAGCCAUUGCUCAGCAAAUUGCAGCAGCUCUGAUUGCUCAGGGCAGGACUAAUGUGUCUCAGGAUGAGCUGGAGACGCUGAUCAAUGCUGUUGUGGGGAUGGCGGAGGCGUCGAAGAAUUCUGAUAAACCGGUGACAGCUGCAAGCUUUGUGAAGAGCUUGACAGCUAGUGCUGGAGUGGAAGUGGCUCCGGUGAAAACCCCAGAGUCUACUCUUGUCAAGGAGAGUAAAGACCCGAAGGUAGUGAAAGAAGUUGAGGUAGAGGUGAAUAUUCCGACAGCAGUGGUUGAUCCUAUCGAGGCACAUGCCAGGAGAAUGGAAAAUCUUACUGAUAAUGACCUCAAGGAUCUUCUGCAGAACUUUAAGGAUCUUGGAACUGAUGAACAACAUGGGCUAAUUAAUUUCUUGAAGAAGCUGGAGGCCUCCGAUCCCGCUAGAGUGGAGAAACUCAGGGGAUUUGUAAAUCUCGGGGGAACUUCCUCUUCUAGAGAUGAGAGUGCACUUCGUGAGGAUGAUGCUAAGCACAGGAGGAGUAUCUCACCGUUCUCUACGAGAAAAGGUGGACACAAUCCUACAGAUGAUGAUCGUUCCAAGUGGAAGCCCCAGCUGGACAUGUUCGCUGAUGACGAUGAGGAGCAGAAAAAGAGAAAAGAGGAGGAGAGUAAGAGGAAGAUCGAUCUGUCUGAUGACGACGACGAUUACUCAUACGAGGAUAUCUAUAAAGCCGCUGAUAAGAACGUGGUGGAGAGUGAGAAGGCGAGGAAACACACACCAGUGUCUGGAUCGUCAAGGUCCUGGUCGAGAUCGAGGUCUAGGUCCCCCAAGGAAGGGACAAAGGCCAGCGAUCCCACCGCCAUUCUCAACGAGACCAAACGCCUCAUCGCCAAUAUCAUGGGCGAUUUGCCCAACAAAUAUGUGGUGAAGAGCCACAUUAACCCCAGCAGGGAGGACUUAACUCAAAAGACCAAGGAUCCCGCUCCUCCAGGCUCCACGAGCAUCUCCAUUCCCCAGAACUUCCCGGCCUCUGGCUAUCCCAUAUCAAACAUGCAAAUGAAUAUGCCACCCAACCCUCAACAUUCUCAGCCCCAACAUCACAAUCCUGUGCCGUUUGCUGGUGGAAUAGUGCCCAAUCAAUUUGGAAAUCAGUUUAAUCAGCAGCCGUCCUUCAACAAUCAGAACUACGGGAAUCCGAUGACCAUGAACAAUGGAUAUAAUAAUUAUAAUCAACAGGGUAAUUAUGGAAAUACGAAUCAGGGGCAAUAUGGACCACCGAGUCAUAUCCAGCAGCCCCAGUAUCCCCAGAUGUACCACAAUCAGAAUCAAUAUCAGCAGGCAUCUGGUCCUGCCCCUAUUAGCUAUCCUCAGCAGAACCAGUACGGAAAUUAUUCACAGCAGCAAAGGUUUUAUUAGACCAGUGAGACUUUUUAAAAUUAAUUCUUCUUCGGAGCGGUCUCAGAUUUUGGUUUUAUCGAUUGUUAAAUUUGUCUCAAAUCAAUGACGUAGUUCAUUGAUACAGAGGUUCCUUGAAAGAGGGGUUUUGUUUUUUUUUUCACGUCUUUUUUUCUCUUCGAAAAAAAUGGAUAUAUUUUUUUUAACGACGGUGCUCGCGUGGAACAAUUACAAUUUCUUUAUAAACAAACCGAGUGAGGGAUUUUUAGGGUACAUGAAUGGUUGAUGUUCAUUGAUUUCUCUUGACUGGUGAUUCAUUAUUUUUUGGCUAGUUUUUAGGUGAUUAAAGUAAUAUUAAUUAUAAUAUAAUGCUAUGUAAACUUGUAUUAUAACUGUAAUGAAAAAUAUACGAUUCAAUGACGUUCUUUUAUGAUUGAAAACAAGAA